GUGUGGGCAGGAAGAGGGCGCACGGCGGAGACCACUCCACGAACACAGACAUUGCAGAAGGAUCGGAAUUGUUGGUGUUCAACAUGUUACAUUACUAAUGCUGGGUGACGGUCGGAAUCAAACAAAUUCUCACAUAGAACACCGAUUGUGCACGAACAGUUCUCUAGCCCGCCGAUUUGGGUUUAAAACUGCUAAAGGAGUCACAACGGCGUCGCUGCGUGUGGUUUGAAACACUGCAGGGCGACUAGCGGGGCGCAAUUGGGAGGAAGCAGAGAAGAUAGGUAGAGAGGACUGUUAUCAGAACCAUGAGAGAAUACAAAGUAGUGGUGCUCGGAUCCGGUGGUGUCGGCAAAUCCGCAUUGACUGUCCAAUUCGUUACUGGAUCGUUUAUUGAGAAAUAUGAUCCCACGAUAGAGGAUUUCUACCGAAAGGAGAUCGAGGUGGACUCAUCGCCUUCUGUUCUGGAGAUACUGGACACCGCGGGGACUGAGCAGUUCGCCUCAAUGCGAGACCUGUACAUCAAAAACGGUCAAGGAUUCAUCCUAGUUUACAGCUUGGUCAACCAACAAAGCUUUCAAGACAUAAAACCAAUGAGGGAUCAGAUCAUCCGGGUGAAAAGGUACGAGAGGGUUCCGAUGAUUCUGGUCGGCAACAAAGUGGACCUCGAGGGCGAGAGAGAGGUUUCGGCCGGGGAAGGGAAAGCCUUGGCGGAUGAUUGGAAUUGCCCGUUUAUGGAAACUUCAGCCAAAAAUAAGGGCUCGGUGGACGAACUGUUUGCAGAGAUUGUCAGACAGAUGAACUAUGCUUCUGCACCAGGCGGAGACGAUCAGUGCUGCUCGUCAUGUGUUAUUCUUUAAAAGAAGUUUGAUUCCCCCAUGUUUAUGUUUGCAGAUGUAUGUUGCAGGAAGUGUAUGUACUGUUUAGUUCUUCGUGGAUCACCCUGGCCUUGGACGGACCGAAGGGUGGAAUUCCACGGGGGGAGGAGGGGAGUGGCCUAGCUGUGAGGGUGGGGGCCGCUCUUCAGGAAUUCGGCUCGGCUGGAGUGUCUUUGCCGCAAACUCAAUGUACACUAUUGAUGUCAAUGCAAGUGGCACAUAUAGAGCUCCGCUGAGUUGGCAACCCCUGUCUCGGCUUGCACUCACAACUGGAACAUAUACCCUAUGGCAAAUACGUGGAGACUGCGGCUAUGAAAGGCUAUGGGUAUUUCUGUACGAGGAGAGAUGUUUAGAAAAGUAUAUUUUGUUAUUCGCAGCACAUUUCGUCAUUCUUUUGGGCGGGGGGGGGGGGGGGUUCUCCUGACCUCGUGGAGUUACGUCCCGCAAGACUGCGACCACAACACAAAAAGUUUUUGGCGGUCCGUGUGGUUUGAAUUUUAUGCCACAUUUGGGGAGUGUUCUUGGGAGUGCAAAACUCUUCUUCUCCUUCAACAUGUGCAAGGACUUUUAGUGACGUAAGGGAUGGCAAACUGACCGCCCUUGUGUCAAGUGCCUUUUCAAAACAAAUCAGCUGUUCAAAUUCAGUGCCAAUCCGAGUGUGUCUCAAGAUCUACAACGUUUCUCUGGAUAAUCUCUUGGGGGUGGGAGAAGGAAAAACAAGACUAAAGGCCUUUUGUUUUAUGGUGGUUGUCCUCUUUGAUUUUGGCCUGACUAAGGUUUUGUUUUUUUGGUUGCUAUUUGUCUCCUGGGUUUGGCCAAAUUUAAAAACAAAGGUACUGGAUCCUCCUGACUUAACCACACCAAACGAUUCUUCCAGACCACUUAAAUCAAAGGAAUUAUAUGUUUGUUUUUGUUUGUAACAUAAAAAUGUGAUGUACCACUGAAAAACCUAACCUGAUUGUAAGUUUAAUUUCAGACCAGCCUUUUAACAGCUGUCUGUCUGUUUUAAAAGUACUUUUAAUACAAAUUGAAUUUUUUUAAGAGACAUUCUUGUGUUUUUUCCCCUUCUUUGUGUCAUAUCAGUUUUCUAUCAGGUAAUGCACAAACUGUUGUUGCACAACAAGGUCAAAUAAUGUACUUUUUGACCAAAUAGCAUUUUAAGAGUAUUAUUUCUGUGUGUAGUUCAGAUCAAAACACUUGGUUGAGUGGUUGGUAUCUCCUCGUUUGAAGAAUUUGAGUAAAAUCAAUAUAAUAUAAUAAACUAUAAAGACGGGUAUUACAUGGGGCUGAGAGUCAUCAAACCAAUAUUUAAUUCGAUAUGGAUCUCCUGUGAUAUUUUGCAUGCAGUAUCAGGGCCCAACUCUGUGGGAUGAUCAAAGCGCACCUGUAAAUGCUUUUUGGGGUUUUAGAGCUGUAUUCAAAGCAGGUGUGGGGUCUAAGGUUACAUGGCCACAAGGCCUUCCCGUCUGUGCCCCUUCAGCCCAUUGUGUGUGGUUUGAACCUUGCAGUCUAGGUGUUGGCAGUCUAGCUGAGCGGGUUUUGUGAGGUGAGUGUGUUUACCAACAGAGAUUACCCCAGACUGAUCCGGCUGCCUUCAGCAUGUUCUGGGGAAAGUGUAAACAAACCGGAUGCUGACCUUGCAUCUGGAAAUGAGAGAGUGCAAGUUUUCAGUACAGGUUGUUUGUGUUGCCUAGUACCCAUUGUAGUCCACAGUGUCAUGUAUCCAUUAGAGUUCAGAACAAAUGUUGCCCCAAGUGUGCCUCUGAACAGGUUUGGACGCACAGUAGUCGUAUUAUGUCAACUAGCUUUUACAAAAGCCAUGUACUCUUUCAUUGCCCCCCUGUUGAAUCCGGAUCUGGUCUUGUGUCUGUCUUGGUGUUUGUGUUCAACUCUGUAGUCUGAGAGAGUUUGUUAGCCAACUGAAUAAUUUUCAUGAAUUAUUCAGUUGUUUCCUCCAUUUCUCUCAUUGCCACUCUUUUCUGUCUUUUAAUCGCCACCCUCAAGAUAGCUGGUCUCUGCUUUGGCAUAUUCAGUUAGCCAUGCGGCUAGCAUUUAGCCUGUAUAUGUUUUAGUUGUGAUUAAUGAUACGUUUUCGAAGCCUCCGCAAACUAAAACUCAGUGAGGCAGCGAGAGAGUCAGGGAGAACUCUAUGUUUUACAGAGUGGUUUCUCUUCUCUCUCUGUCUUAUAUGGCAGCAUAUGGCUGCAGCUUCUGUCUGGGUGAGGUAUUUACUAGAUAUCCCCCUUGCUGCUCAACUUCAAGCCCUGGCUAUUGUGUAAACAUCUGAUAGCAGAAGAAUUUGCCCUUUGGAGAGGAAAGGGCCAGAAUGUGUGUGGAGUUCCUGUUUUCUCUUUCUUCAACUCCCUUCCUACAGAGAAGAGAGAGAGAGAAAGAGAAAGUUUCACUUCCUAACCCUGUUACAAGAUUAUACCAACCAGAGUUCUGUUCAGAUGUGUAAAUAUUUCAGAGCUCUUAGGGGUGGAAAGUUUUUUAAAAUAUUUUUUCCCCACAGAACUUCCAGAAGCUGUGCUAUAACAACAUACAUCUAAUGGUAUGCAAGCACAAUACCCAUGCCUAUUUAACCGCCAUGUUUUAGUGGCAUGUAGUUCAAUAUGGGACCGAUUUGUUUUCUUCACUCAUCCCAUUUUGCCCAGCAGUGUUUUGCCUUUAACUUGGACACUGCACCCUCCCCCAACUGUGAUAUUCUCACAUUUUUGGUUAAUUCUGUUGGUGGGGGAUCAGUGUACUUCAGGAUUGAUUUCCAUAAUCACAGGCCCUCUUUGAGGACGUGCUGGUUUUUAACCAUGUGGGAGCGUAUUCGGGUUUCAAUGUACAGGAUCCGCCAUUGUCCAAACAGCUGACUUAUAAGUGCCAUGAGGGUGUAUUAUUUGAAUGGCCACAUUGUUUUUAAGUUCAUCCAGCAGAAUCAUGCCACCACAGUCUUCAAUGAGCCAACGUGUCACAGUUUUGCACAUGGACCUAAUCCAGCGUUGUUCAAAGGUGCCAUCCUCCCAACAUCUGUUGACGUGUACUGGUUUCUUUACUGUCUGUCUUUGUAGCCCGGUAGGCUGUUUUGGUGGCCACGUUAGUGUAGCUGGGCUUUUGCUGUGGUCAGGUGCGUGGUUAUCCCCACUGUGGUCAAAGCUUGGUCUGCAGCAGGGAAAUCAGAUCCUAGCUCUGUAUCAAGACGUUUCAUCUGCCGCAUUGGCUAUGGCAUUCUCAGGGAAAGUAUGGCAGAGAGAGAGAGGGUGGAUGGGCGGGCUGGAUGUGGCAGAGCUACUUGUACUGGGUUCCUAAUCACCACAUAGGCUUCUGUUUGAAUUAAAGGGUGCUCUUUUGUAUUCAACGUCACUGGGUUAUUUUGUGUCUGUUUGUGUGUUAAUCGUCCCAAAGCUCAACCAAUGUUUAAAAUGUGGUCGACGUGUAUUUGUUGCUAGACGUCUGUUUUAUUUUCUGCAACGCUGCUCGCCCUCUCACUCUUUAUCUCUCUUGCUUUCUCGCUGUCAUGUUCUUUCUUUAUUCUUUCCCCUUGCGCUCGCCUGCUCUUUGCUGCUCUUGUGCUUUCUCUCUCUUUGCGCUAGCUUUUUCUUUAGUCUUCUCCCUCUCUGUCUUGCCCUCUCCUCUUGCACAUUGCAAGAUGCUUAACACUUGCAAUUAGAAAAGAUAUGUAAAAUGUGACAAUAUCUUCAAAGUGAACAUCUUUUCCAACUCCGGCUUUGAUUUACUCUGGUUUUACUGUAGCAGAACAGGAGGGGACAUAACCAUGGUUUCAUUUCCUGAGUGACAAAACCAUGACAACACUGGAGCCAUGCUGUUGCUUUUUGUCUGGUCGGUGUUAGGGGUAAACUUGUGAGUGUGCACACUCCCAUUCCCACUCUGUCCACACAUGCACAGUUACACUCCCACCCUCUUUUAAGACAAAACACACACCCGAUUAAUCCUCCCUUCUCAGUGAGCUGGGAUGUUAGCUCUUGGCAGUGACUGACAGUUUCUUCAGACCGCUGUUUUCAUUUCCUAAUCAUUGCUUAAAUGCCACUGUCUUAUUACCAGCUCAAGUGGCGGUGUUAUUGCACUUUGUGGAAGCAGUAAUGGUUGUCGGUGCGGAGUUGAGAGGAAGCGGAGUAAAGGCUAAAACGGUUGGCUUUCAAACAGUGGAGCAUGGCCAACACCCCAUGGGUCAGAGGCGCUCAACUGGGAGUGAGCCUUGGUUAGAAGUUGAUGGGUCACCCAUAGAGAUCCUAUUAAAUGCUACAUUUCUAAUUCCUAAUUCUGUGGGGUCACUAGAGAAGUAAAAUGGUUUUAGUGGAUUAGAAGUCCCUUUCAUGCAUUUGUGGAUUGAUGUUUCCGUACAGGGCUCGCAUCUAUGAUCGCCAUAAG